AAAAAACAAAAAACAGAAUCAAAAUGGCCGUUGACAGUUCGUAUAUCAUUUAUUUUAAUCAGAACAGAGCAAGUUGGUUUUAAUCAUUUUAAUAUAUUUUAAUAAUUAUAAGAAUUAGCUUUAUUAAUUAUUGCAUUCAAUAUAUACGUGAUAUAAUGGUCCUAAUAUAGAUAUUUGGCUAAUAAUAUUCAAUGAUGAUAGUUCAAGAACCCGUUCAGGCUGCUGUUUGGCAUUGUUUAAACCACUACGACUAUUCGGACGCUAUAUUUUUAGCAGAACGUUUAUAUGCCGAAGUUAAAUCAGAUGAGACCUUGUUUCUUUUGGCUACAGCUUACUAUAGAAAAGGCCAAAAAGAUCGUUGUUAUCAUUUAUUAGAGGAGAGUUAUGGAAAUUCUACAAAAUGCCAAUUUCUGUUUGGAACCUGUGCCUAUGAACUGAAAAAAUAUGCGGAAGCAGAGGCAGCAUUGCUGGAAAGUGAUAAUUUUACUCAGAGAUCUUUAGAGGAUGUCGUUGGGGAUUUUGGUGACCAGGCCGCUUUUGUUCUUCUUUUACUUGGAAAAAUAGCAGCUAAAACUGAGAGAAAAUCUAGAGCUAUUGAAACAUGGAAGAAAGCUCUUAAAGUAAAUCCGUUCUUGUUCUCGGCUUUUGAAAACCUGUGUGGCAUUGGUGAAAAGCCUAUUGCAAGUAAUAUUUUUCAAAUUAGUAAUAUAGAAAACAUGUCAACAUGUCAUGGUCAUUGUGUUAGUAAUGUGGAAAGUGUAAUAAUAUCUAAUGAACCCCAUGAAAAAUGUGGAAAAUUAGAAACAUCAUUAGAAACACCUCACCAUGUAGCAAAUUUUAAUCCAAGCAUCAAAUAUAGUCAAAAAGAUUUCUGUACUCCUGAGGAAAGUCCAUUAGCUAGUCCUCUGUGUAUGUCAGGUAUUAAACCAAUCACUCGUUGCAGGAAUUUUAGAAUAGGGGUUGAUCUUACAGUUCCAGAGAGCCCAACUUUUGGACAUAUUGUUGACUGUAACUUUGGAGAAUACAAUAGCACUCCUAAUAUUACGAACUUUUCAAAUCAACAACCUAUAGUUAAGAAACUCCUUGCCCAAAGGCAGAUGGAGGUUGAUCAAUUAAAUAGUAGACAUAAAGAAGCACUGUUGCAGAAUUGUAAACCAGUGCUUAGUCAAUCUUCAAAUGUGCCAGUAUCUCCUUCACUUCCAUUAGCUCAGCAACCUAGUCAAAAUGUUAGGCGGAGUUCUAGAUUAUUUCGUUCCCAUUCAGUUAAGGAGAACAAUAAGUCACCCACUAGUGCAAAAUUUGCUACACCUAAAUCGCCGUCUCGAAAAACCAAACAAAGAUUAGCAAAUAUCAAUAAAAAUUUAAGUAGUAAUGAGAUAAUAACCAAAAAUAAGGAUAUUGAACAAGAAAAAACUGAAACGAUUACCUCCCAAAGCAAAAAUGAAAAAAGUACAACACAAAACAGUAAUAAUAGUUAUUUGCAGCAUGCCCUCAAUCUUCAGAGACAGAGUGCCGAAGGUCUUAUGGCUUUACUCAGAGAUAUUGGACAAGCAUAUGCUGAUUUGAGUAGUUACGAUUGUCAAUCGGCAAUACAGAAUUUCCUAAAUAUUCCGUUAAAUCAGCUGAACACUACGUGGGUGUACUGCCAACUGGGCAAGGCCUACUUCGAAAUACCGGACUACGAAUCGAGCGCCAAAUACUUUCAGAAAGUGCACGACCAGGAUCCGUACCACCUGGACUAUAUGGACACUUACUCUACCGCCUUGUGGCACUUGCAGAAAGAGGUAGCCCUAAGCGCGCUCGCGCGCGACCUCGUCAGCACGGACAAGGAGCAUCCGGUCACUUGGUGCGUGAACGGUAACUGCUUCUCGUUACACAAGGAGCACGAUACUGCUAUCAAAUUCUUCCAAAGGGGUGUACAGGUGGAUCAAGAUUUUCCGUACGCCUAUACACUUCUGGGACACGAAUAUAUUAGUACUGAGGAAUUAGACAAAGCCAUGGGAUGUUUUAGAAACGCCGUCAGACUGAAUCCAAUGCACUACAACGCCUGGUUCGGCAUGGGCACCAUAUAUUCGAAACAGGAAAAGUACCACUUGGCCGAAAUGAAUUACGCCAGGGCGCUUUCCAUUAAUCCUCAGUCCUGUGUUAUUUUGUGCCAUAUUGGAAUCGUGCAACACGCUCUUAAACAGACUGAAAAGGCGCUUGCCACAUUUAACAAAGCAAUCGCUAGUAACCCCAAAUCUCCACUGUGCAAGUUCCAUAGAGCGUCGGUCUAUUUCGCCUUGGGCAGGCACGUCGAAGCUCUCAAAGAAUUAGAAGAACUCAAAGAAAUCAUACCCAAAGAAUCUUCAGUUUAUUACCUCAUAGGGAAAGUGCAUAAAAAAUUAGGCAACACCGAUUUAGCGUUGCAACACUUCAGCUGGGCCACAGACUUAGAUCCGAAAGGAGCCAGUAACCAGAUUAAGGAGGCGUUCGAUCCCGCCAUCGGUCGAAAUACCGUGGAUCCGGAGGAAAGUCCUUUAUCGCCAGCUCUGGACGAGUAUCCAUCGGAAAGUAAUUCGGGUCAACAAGGUGAUAACAUGAAUUUUGAAGCCCUACCUGACGAUAGCGAAGAAAGCGUAUUCGAAUAAAACCACGGUUUGUAUUUUUAUUUAUUCCAAUUGGCUUGUUAACGGUUAGACACACCCAGAAGUACAUUUUAUCCAUUAUCAAUUCUGUAGCUGUUAAAGGCUUAUUUAAAUUAUUGGGUUCCACUCUAUACAGACAUCAUUACAUGUAAUAUAUACAUACACGUGUAUAUAUGACAUAAUAGAAAAAAAAUUGUAUUCCCUUGUGGUUGGUGGCGUUUCCGUACGGAUCCAAAUGAUAUUGUUAUUGAAAAUAAAUAUUUCCAUCGUAAAUGUAAUUUUUCCAGCUAUAUAAGUGUGCACUAAAAUAAUCUGGUUUUAGGUAUGUAGCCAGAAGUGUUCGUAGGUUAUUAUUUAGGUAUAUUAUAUAAACGAAAAAUAAAAUUUGAUGAGUGCUUUGUGUCGUAAUUUAAGAUAUAGUACAAUAUUCUGAGGAGAAUCGGAAUCGUUCAUUUAUUUUUUUAAUAUAUAGCAUGGAAUAGACUGUUUUUUGUGUACAUUUGUUUUUUGUGUAAUAUAUAUUUUUGUUAUUUAUGAAAGCAUCUCUUCAAUGCCAUAUUAUUAAUUAUAACAAACAAAAUGUUCAUUGUGUAAAUAAAAAAGGAUUUAUGAAAA